AUGUCCAGCAAAUAUGAUUCAAUGCCGUUAUCGUCACUAGUCCUGGGAGACCCAUCGAAUACAGCUGCAAACACCUUGGCACAGAGAUUAGCAAAAAGGACAAAAAAACAAGUGUUUGUGAGCUACAGUCUUGCGAUGACCGACUCCAACCUGAGCCUUUUGGUGGAGAACCGCAUUAAAAAGGAGCUUGAGCUUCAUCCUGAAUGUUUUUAA